AUGUCACAAAACCGGCCGGGUGUUUUUAGCAGUCUGCGCAUGGGAGCAGAAGUUAUUCGCGAGAGAGUACAGGAUGGCUUGACUGGCGAGACCAAAGACAUGCAAUACACUCAAUGCAAGAUAGUCGGUAAUGGCUCCUUCGGUGUUGUGUUUCAGACCAAAUUGUCACCCAGCGGGGAAGAUGCUGCCAUCAAGAGAGUGUUGCAGGACAAGAGGUUCAAGAAUCGCGAGCUGCAAAUCAUGCGAAUUGUUCGACAUCCAAACAUUGUCGAACUCAAAGCAUUCUAUUACUCGAACGGGGAAAGGAAAGACGAAGUCUAUCUCAACCUUGUCUUAGAAUUUGUCCCCGAGACAGUCUACCGUGCCUCGAGAUACUUUAACAAGAUGAAAACGACAAUGCCCAUCCUUGAAGUCAAGCUCUACAUCUACCAACUCUUUAGAUCGCUGGCCUACAUUCACUCCCAAGGCAUCUGCCAUCGUGACAUCAAGCCUCAAAAUCUGCUUCUCGACCCCGGGAGCGGCGUCCUCAAGCUGUGUGACUUUGGAAGUGCCAAGAUCCUUGUGGAAAACGAACCUAACGUGUCGUACAUCUGUUCACGGUAUUACCGUGCACCAGAACUCAUUUUUGGAGCCACGAACUACACAACCAAAAUCGAUGUUUGGUCUACCGGUUGCGUCAUGGCAGAAUUGAUGCUUGGACAGCCUCUGUUCCCUGGAGAGUCUGGCAUCGAUCAAUUAGUGGAGAUCAUCAAGGUGCUGGGCACUCCAACAAGGGAUCAAAUCCGGACCAUGAAUCCAAAUUAUAUGGAGCAUAAAUUUCCCCAAAUCAAACCUCAUCCAUUCAACAAGGUCUUCCGCAAAGCAAGUCCUGAUGCUAUUGAUCUCAUCUCCGCCCUCCUAGAAUAUACCCCAACUCAGCGUCUGUCUGCGAUCGAAGCGAUGUGUCAGCCGUUCUUUGACGAACUUCGUGACCCCAACACCCGCCUUCCUGAUUCUCGUCAUUCCAAUAGUGCCUCGAAGGAGCUGCCAAAUUUGUUCGACUUCUCCAGGCAUGAACUUUCCAUCGCCCCGUUCCUCAACCACAAACUAGUCCCUCCACAUGCGCGCCCGGCACUGGCUGCUCGAGGUCUUGACAUUGAUAACUUCACGCCCAUGAAUAAAGACGAGAUGAUAGCGAGGCUUGACUGA